AUGCCUCGAGAAAAAAGUAGAUAUCGCGAUAGGCGGAGUUCCUCUUACAGUUCCGAAUCCUCUUACGAUAGAAAAAAGGUUAAAAGUAAACAUAAACGACGAUCGCGUUCCCGAGAUCGAUCAGAAUCUAGCAGUCAUAGAAGAAAACGAUCUACAUCACGAUCGAAAUAUAAAAAAAGGAGUUAUUCUAGGAGUGUAUCGAAGGAUCGUUAUGAGAGCAAAUCUAAACGACGAUCCUUAUCACGAUCACAUUCUAAACGAUCAAAGCAUUCUCGCGAUCGUUCACAUUCAAGAUCAAGUUCACAUAGCCGAUCUAGACGCAAUAAAAACACUAAAAAACAUCGAAAACGAUCACGUUCAUCAAGUAGCAGAUCAAGUUCGUUUGAUAUAGAACCUAGAAAGCACAAAGUGGAUGAUACCGAAACAAAAAUUGAACGAGCUAUUAAGGCAGCAGAAGCAGUGGGCCUAACAAUGACUAAAAUACCAACUUAUGAAUAUAAAGAUGUUGAAAUUAAAGAAGAUAUGCCAACAAUCCAUGAUAGGAAUCUGCUGGCAGAAUUGAAUAAUGAUUCAUUUGUACAAAAAACAUUUAUAUCAUCAAGAAGUAAAAAACAAUCACAAAAUAUUGUAAUUGACUUAAAUUCAGAAACUGUAAAAGUGCCAGAGUCUGAACUUAAAGUUCAAACUGAUGACUCGAUUAUUAACUUUGAUGAAAUACCUAGCCAAGAAGAGCUUAAGGAAAUGUGGAUAAAGAAGUUAUAUCAGUAUAGAAAAAAGAUGCUAAAAGAUGAAAUU